AUGUUUUCGGGAAGACCGAACUACCAAAAUUCACCGACAACAGAAGAUUUUGACGACGACGAAGAUGAUGACGAGGUGGAAGGUGUCGAAAUGCCUUCUCCUCCACCGAAAGAAAUAAAAUUACAGCUUCCUCCUGGUUCGGAGGCCCCAAAGGCCAGCAGUUCGGGAAGACUAAUUCCAACAACGCUGGAACAGUAUUGGAAGAAGCAACGCGAGACCACGCCAACUGCAGCUCCGAACACAACGGCUUUAAGCGAAGCGAGAGAACACCAGCACAAACACCAGCUGCAGAAGCAACGGAAACCGACUGAAGGAAAGACGUCUGCUAGAGAUAGUCCCGCAUCUGACUAUUCGGCACGAGUAGUUCGGGUCCAAGAAGUUCCAAGUCGUGGUGGUGGUGACGACAGUGAUGAUUCUCAAGAUGAUGAACUGGCCAUUGUUGUGCAGAGCCCUAAGGUUCAACGGCCUAAAAAGAAGCCUGGGUCGAAGCCUUUGGGUCUCGUGAAGCGUAGUCGUGGGAGCUCGCCUACUCCUACUACUCCAAAACCUUUUUCAAAGAGGGAUCUAUUACGGCCGUUUGAGGAUACGGAUUCUGAUUCCGACGAAGUGAUGCAGGAGCGUGAUGAGAUUCCUAAUGAAGAGGACGACAACGGAUAUGAAGAUCCUGAUGAAAUGGAUGAGGAUUCUCCUCGUGAAGCAUACAGCCACGAAGAUACAGAUGAAGAGCAAUCUGAGGAUGCGACAGAUGAAUUGGUGGGGAUAGGAUCUAGAAGGAUUCCUGGCUUUACCCAAAGCUCACCACCUCAACAAUUGGAAAUUUCGGGGACCGAAGAGGAUUCAGAAGAUUCAGAAGACUCCGAUGAUGUCGUUGGGACUCCAACGAAGACAGGGUUAUCAAAUGUUGAUAUCACACCUAGGAGGUCGAUGGCAAAUCCUAACCUUCUUCAAGAAGACCCUGACGAACUUGAACGACAAGAAGAGAGGGCCAAACAAGAGAUAGUCAAAGUAGUGCUUAAUAGGCAUGCUGAAGUUGCAGCUAAGACGAAUUUUGAUAUUGUGGUUAUUAUGCCCAACUAUGAGGAUGUCGCAGAUCAUCUCUUUAACCCUGACGAGUGGGAGGCAGUUGCAGUCGACUGGCGAUGGACCGGAGAUGAUGGCCAUGUGACAUACCAAAUAAUCUACAAAGAUGGUCACACCCGAAUCGUGGAAGGAGACGAUAUUCUUAACCAUGUCGAACUCCAAGUCCUUGAAGACUUCGAAAACGACCUCUUUUCGAGAGAAGAGAAUCCUGAAACAUGGUAUUACCCCAACUUUAGGGCUCCAGGGGGUGCAUUCGCAGGCGGGACGGGUAUUACCUCUGGAGCUAUUAAGAGACGUGGGAGAAGAACGGAGGCAAAGAUUUAUUUGGACAAUUCUUAUCGACUGGGAAUGCCGGAGGAGUUCAAUAUUCCGUUGACAGACAGCAGCGAGGACGAUGAUGAUAACGACGAUGACGGUGAUGGUGAAGAGAUGGAGGAGGAAGAAGGAGCUCAAGAUAUUGCCGAGGCUAGAGGCCCUAUUCUUGCCUCCCAAUACGAUAAGUUCGAUAUUACGGACGCAGAAAUAUUGGCAACUAUCCAAGAGAACGAGUCGGACAACGAAUCUUGGGACGGUGGGAGACCAUCCGGAAGGGGCAGACCGAGGGGCAGACCAUCAACAUCGACUAGAGCUCAUACUAUGGUCCGUCCUACUCGAGCAGCUGCAAAGCGAGGCAGAGGAAGACCUCCGCUUAUCCCUACCCGUGGUACCAGCAAUUCUGUACAAGCUGAGCCACGUCCAGCAGCUAAAAGCAAUGUGGUGAAAGCGAGUGCCACUUCUAGAGGAAGAGGACGCCCUCGGGGCUCUAAGAACAUCCCGAGAAUGAGUAGCCCUGCUUCUACUAGCCACGAGGACACCCCAUCUAUCAUUGUAUCUGCAAAACCGGCGUCCGCACGAGGAAGACCUAAGGGGUCAAAGAACGCCGCGAAACCGUCGACUUCGAAUACAUCGAAUAACACAUCGAAUAACACCUCAGAAAGUUCUUCUCUAUACGAGUUCCCGAUUCAUGUUAAGCCUAUCACGCCUGUUCGUCCAAUCGACUUAUCCAAGCUCCCAGCCCCGAAACCGACUACAGUACCAGCUGUUUCGACACCAAAACGUGCGCUAAAGCCUACAAGAGCUCCUAAACCUCCCGGGACGCCAUCCGGCGCACGUGGUCCUGGUCGCCCCCCAAAGCUCCCUAAGCAGGAAGAUGAUUUGAUAGAGCAAACUAUCAGGACUGGUGGCGCUAAUAUCCAAUUAACUUCCGCUCCUUCCUCGAACCACCGUCGAACCCUCUCUGCCGCAGGCCCAUCAACUCCAACUACAGCCGAUCCAGAACGUCCUAAGAAGCGUCGAAGAAUUCGUUUUGGUCGUGAUGGACCCGAAGAAGUCUCAGAUGACGACUCCCCUCCACGCAAAAUUGUCCAAGCCGACUUACCAACACCACAAAACAAGUUGAAACAACCUGUUGAGAAACCGCAAAAACCAAAAGUCCUACAUAAACCAGCCAAGAAACCAGAUUCCGACAAUGAGAAGAGAGUGUUUCGCCACGAGGUAGACAGAAUCAUUAAUAAGAUGCUCCUCGACGGCGCACCAGCCUACCACGUUCAACUCUGCGGCCCCGGUUCUGUUAAGCCGACGAUGUGGGUUAGACUUGAAAAUCUACAAAGUAAAGAUGCGAAACGGAAGGUUAAGGAGUUUGAAGCUGAAUUGAUACAGCGUGAGAAUGAAGCCAGGCUGGCGAGGGAUAGGAUUAACGCACAGCUGCAACGUGAUCGACAAAGGCUUGCGGAAAGGGAAGCACAGAUCUUAGGAACUAAGGGGCCCGGAAGGCAACCUAAAAGGAUUGAUGAAGAUGAAAGAAAGGAAAGGGAGAAAGAAGAGCAACGACAGAGAGAGAAGAUCGCAAGGAGACUAGCGAUGCAAGAGACGUUGUUUACAGGUACUUAA